AUGGCGGAUCAAACGGAAGUCGAUCUGGAUUCUAUUAUCGAUAGACUGCUAGAAGUUCGCGGUAGCCGCCCUGGAAAACAAGUUCAAUUGUUGGAAGCCGAAAUUCGUUAUUUAUGUACCAAGGCUAGAGAGAUAUUCAUAUCGCAGCCAAUCCUACUGGAGUUAGAGGCUCCAAUCAAGGUAUGAUAUCAUUAAGGCCCGAUCAUACGUGCAUUGUUCCUUGGGCGAUCGGAGGUUCUGGUGUGUGCUAAUGGGUUCAACUAGAUUUGCGGGGAUAUUCAUGGGCAAUACUACGAUCUUCUUCGACUCUUCGAAUAUGGCGGAUUCCCUCCGGAGGCAAAUUACCUGUUUCUUGGCGAUUACGUCGAUCGGGGAAAACAAUCGCUUGAAACUAUCUGUCUCCUUCUGGCGUACAAAAUUAAGUACCCGGAAAAUUUCUUCAUCCUUCGCGGCAACCACGAAUGUGCCUCCAUAAACCGUAUCUAUGGCUUCUAUGAUGAGUGUAAAAGGAGAUAUAACAUCAAGCUGUGGAAAACCUUUACAGAUUGUUUCAACUGUCUGCCGAUUGCAGCUAUCAUUGACGAAAAGAUUUUCACUAUGCAUGGCGGCCUUUCCCCUGAUCUCAACUCUAUGGAGCAAAUUCGUAGGGUCAUGAGACCUACUGAUGUAACCAGCCCCUUCCCCAUCGUCAAUUUAUUGUUGUCGGAGGAUCGGCUCACGUUCUCUCUCUCUCUCUCUCUCUCUCUUAGAUCCCAGAUUGCGGUUUACUCUGCGAUCUUCUUUGGUCUGACCCGGAUAAGGAUAUCACUGGCUGGAGUGAAAAUGACCGUGGCGUCUCUUUCACAUUUGGCCCCGACGUUGUCUCGAGGUUUUUGCAGAAACAUGACAUGGACCUCAUCUGUCGCGCUCACCAAGUCGUUGAAGACGGCUACGAAUUUUUCUCCAAGAGACAGCUUGUCACCUUGUUCUCCGCACCCAAUUACUGCGGUGAAUUCGAUAACGCUGGUGCAAUGAUGAGCGUUGAUGAGAGUCUGUUGUGCUCGUUCCAGGUACGUGGAAAAUUUACUCCUGUUCAAACUCCGGAUGGUACAUUUUUGUUGUGCCCGUAGUUUUGUGUAUGGGGCUGACGACUACCCUUCUAGAUCUUGAAGCCUGCUGAGAAGAAGCAGAAGUACGUUUACGGUGGAAUGGGGACGGGCAGACCUGUUACUCCUCCCAGAAAGCAGAAGAAGAAGUGAUCCUGAGUUUGAUAUCCUUAUUAGGAAAUCGGUGUCGGCCUUUAAAAGUUGGUAUUGAUUUGAAAUGAUGGGGAGCGGGGAAGGUGGUUGAACGGGGUCCGAUGCGUUUUGCUAGAGGUUUUAAUUGAGGCAGUUCUCUUGCUUGGGGAAAACAAAUUAAGGGGAGACAAAAUGUGAUAGGGGUUCAAAUGGGUACUGUUGGAUCUGCGUACCUUUGAUCCUGACGGGAAUCCCUAUUCUAUGAGAUGCUUUUGUGCUUUGUGUUUGAGAAAUGAAAUGGAAUAUCGGUGGAUAAUGAUUCCUCACGGC